AUCUAUAGGUAAUCGUUGCGGUUUCUAGAACGUUUUGGCCAACAUAGCGAGGGAAUUUUAAAGUCUAAUAAAAAUUUGGUGAGUUAUUUAAUAUUACUAAUCCUUUAAAGACAAUGUAAUUUAUCGUUCUAAACUUUAAAUCAAUACGGACUAUCCUAAAUAAACUUUACAAUAGACUAUAAAAAAUAUCGAGCGAUAAUAAGGUAUUUUUUCAAACCCUUUUAUUGAUUUAAAAUAUAUGUUAAAAAAAAGAGUAAAAAUUGAAUAAAUAAGGAAUGAAUAAUUAAUAUCAACUUUUUAAUAGAUAAUGCUUGAAUUUGAAUUUUCCGAAAAGGAUUUAAAUUUUGAAUGUACUGGUUGGAGAGAUUUGGCGAAUAUUGAGGAAACUUUAACAAAGUUUGAUAGAGCGCUUUUUGAAAAAUGGCGGGAAAUUAGUAAUAAUGGAAUACUUAUGUAUAAACUGGAUGAUUUAGAGGGUAGAUGUAUUGGAGAUAGGUAUAAAUUUCAACUGCAGCUUAAUCCUGAAAGAGUUAAGAAGAGAAAAGGACCAACUAUCUCACAGAUAAACAUUCCAUUUGAUCCCAAUCGCUUUCAUUUUGGUAAAGUUAGACAAGAGGAGAUCCUAUUCAAGAUAAAAGAUAACCUCAUCAUCAUAAAUAUAUACCCGUUGGACAUUGGGCACGUUCUACUAGUUCCUUCGAUUGACCGUCAAUUACCACAGUCUCUAAAUGAUUCUGCAGUUCUGUUCGGCGUCGAGUGUUUGCUUUUGAGUGGACAUCCGGGAUGUACAGUAGGGUUUAACAGUCUUGGGGCUCUAGCCUCGGUCAAUCAUUUACAUAUGCAUAUGUGGUUUGUCAGAGGACAGUUACCCAUCUCAUCUGUGGAAGUACGUGAAAUAGAAGGAACUACGUUAUCGAUGGGUGACGUCACAAAGGAUGACUACGUAGUACGUCUAGUGGCUUUUCAAAUGAUUAAUAACGACGUGAAUAAAUUUGUGGAAUUAAUCACCGCCUCCGCCCAAUAUUUACAAAAAAAGGAAAUCGCCCACAACAUCAUCCUUGUCAAGGGAUCUAACUUUUCCAAGAACGGAAAUACUAUUAGAGCUUUUGUGUGGCCUAGACAAUCAAUUUUAGGUGAACCGAAAAAUCCCAUUAAUCAUUUCGUAGCAGUUGCCGAAGUAGCUGGUCACGUGACUGUAUAUAAUGAGGAAUUUUAUAGGACAGCCAAAGAAGAAUUGAUGUCAGAGUCGAUUAGAGAGCCUGCAUUCGAAGACAAAGUUUUUGAUGAGAUUAGGAAUGGAUUAGUAAAUACGGUUAAGAAAAUUUUAUAA